CUUUAACUCCUCAAUUGUUAUUUGUUUUUGUUGCUAGUUUGAUGCGCCGGAAAUGUUUGUUUCUCACGUCUUAGAAGUAAAGUCAUGAUGGAAAUAAUGUGAAAUAUUUUUUUGAAAGGUUAUGGCUUGGCUUCAGUCUUCUUUCACUAGUCAUCAAUUGCUGGGAGAUAGUAGCGGAAGUAAUAUCCGGAAAGGUUAUAAAGUAGGAUCUGUUAACAAAAAUUCUGAUCCUGAUAAAAGUGACACACCUUUACUUCAUGACAGUUCACAUAGUCCUGAAAGUGAAAAUGUUAGUUCUGAUUGGUUCAAAAAUACUGGUGCUGUAGCAUCAAAAAAACAAGUUGUACCUCAAAGUAAUGCUGGAAAAACCAGUUUUUUAUCUUCUGGUAUUUUUGAUAGAAGUGGGAGUAAUAUUAAGUUAAAAUCACCUACAGCUAAUCACAAUAAUCCUCAAAAUUCUAUUGGUUAUAGUGAUAAACAAACAGAAAACAAGAAACUACUGAAUGAUGAAGGAAUGAAAAAGAAUCCUCUGUUUGAUGAUGAGGAAGAGGAGGAAGAGGACUCAGAAGAUGAAUGGUGCAUUCCUCAUUCUGGUGGUUAUCAGAGAGUAAGACCUGGUGCUGAUUAAAUUUUGCUCAAUAUAAUUUUCCUGCAGGCUGUGCGAUAAGAUGAUUUUGUUAUUUAACUCUGUAUCUGUUCUGAUUUCUAACUAUUGUGUUUAGAAUUGAUGUAUUCAGUAUUGUAGCAGUAGAAAAUCUAAACUAAAUGAGAUAGUUUUUGUCAUCCUGUUAUAACAAAAUGCACCUAUCCCUCAUUUUAUACAAUGCUUAUUUGUUGUGAAUUUUAGUUAAGAUUAAUUUUAUUUUGUUUUAUUUUAUUUUUAAGCCCAAACGGGCAGUUUGCCCAGAAAGGCUAUUAAUCUCAUUUUGGCAUUUUGCAUUGUUCACUAUAAAACAUCGUUUCACUGUUCAAAUUGUUGCCACCAAAUAUUAGAGCCCUGUAUUAUAUUUGAAAAAAUUAAAUAAUGAAAAAUCUACAUGAAUGCAUGCAUUUUUCUCACAUUGUGAAAAAACAACAGCACCUAGAGACAUCA